AUGAAUCCAGAAAAUACGGAAAUAAACUAUGAGGAUCCUGGAUCUGUCAAGGACAUCAGAAAACGAUUCGGAACCCGAACAAGCACCGAAUUCAUCAAACCUAAAAAUCCAUCCGUCUGCGCUAGAGCAGAGCAAAAUAAUUACACAAAAGCGUGGCAGGAAAUCAUCAACGAGGGAUUCCGCGAGGCUGAAAAAACAAUAGACUCAUCCUUCUCGAUUGAAAAAGAAAACCAAACCAUCACGAAACCAGUCAAACCUCCCAAACCAGCAAGAACAGUUUCAAAAGCUCUUGGAAGGCCAUUUGCGAAUACGAAUGUUAAGACGACUCCAGAGUUAUUGACGAAAAUUAACGAAGUUAUGCGAAAAAAUGCUGUGAUCAAGGACUUUGAAGCUGCUGUUUCAGAGUUUUAUAAAACUGUGCGCGAGUUCGAAAGCAUGAAAAAAUAA